GGCGAGCGCUCCAGUCCGCUCCGUGCUGCCGUCGCGCACGCACGCGCAUGUCGCUCGCUGUGUUACCCGGUGAUGUGAGGUGGCCCCCGCCGCUGCCGCAGCGCCGCGCGACUAACGCGCUUUUUUCGCGACCGAGUAAGCCAGUUGAAGGCUCGAGAGCCUUCGAGCCGGCAAGACGCCGUCCACCGUGGAUUUGAGGUACGGCGCCAUGGCGGCGACCACAUACAUGCCCGCCGACAUGGACCUGGGCAACAUCGGCGGGUAUCAUGCAGCGUCGCCGCGCAGCGCAGAGCCCGCAGACAUGAAGUAUCAGCACGGGCUGCACGCGGGCGGCUCGCCGUCCCCGGGCGCGCCCGUGCUCAACCCGUGGACGUCCCUGCCGCCGGCCGACCCCUGGGCCAUGCACCAGCACCACGCACACGCGCACCAGCCCGACGUCAAGCCGCCGCCGGCGCCGCACGAGCACCGCCACCUGCAGCACGGCGGAUGGCACGCCCCCGUCGUGUCCCCGCACUAUGGCGCGGGCUCCCCCGUGGCGCUGCAUGGAGGAUACCCCAUGCCGAUGCACCAGCACCACAUGCUCCGAGAUAUCCAGCCUUCGCCGCAUCCGCUGCAUCACCAUGCCAUGGAGCGGGAUCCUCCCGAGGAGGAUACGCCUACCAGCGAUGACCUGGAGGCCUUCGCCAAACAGUUCAAGCAGCGCCGCAUCAAGCUCGGCUUUACGCAGGCCGACGUUGGCCUGGCACUCGGUACUCUCUACGGCAAUGUGUUCUCGCAGACCACCAUCUGCAGGUUCGAAGCGCUACAACUUAGUUUUAAAAAUAUGUGCAAGUUGAAACCUCUGCUCCAGAAGUGGCUCGAGGAGGCCGACUCGACCACCGGCAGCCCGACGAGUAUCGAUAAAAUAGCUGCACAAGGAAGGAAAAGAAAGAAGCGCACGUCUAUAGAGGUAUCAGUGAAAGGUGCACUAGAGCAGCACUUCCACAAACAACCGAAGCCAUCGGCGCAGGAGAUCACGUCGCUUGCCGACAGCCUGCAGCUGGAGAAGGAGGUGGUGCGCGUGUGGUUCUGCAAUCGGAGGCAGAAGGAGAAGCGCAUGACGCCGCCCAACACGCUGGGCAACGAGAUGAUGGAGGGCAUGGGGCACGGGCACUACGGGCACGGCGAGGUGCACGGGUCCCCGCUGCAGCACUCGCACUCGCCGCCCGGCCUGUCGCCGCAGCACGGGCUGCCGGCGGGCGCGCAUACGCUGGCGGCCCACUAACAGUUCGCCCCGUGGGCGCCGCCGCGGCCCUACUACUCGGAGCCUCACUAGCGCCGACUAGACGCCGCGCCCGCGGGAUAUCUGACCGUGUACAUACGCGCCGCGCGCCUGGACGUGCGUGCGGCGCACAGUGAUCGCGGGGCCCGCGCCUCUGUACAUACCUCUGCGCGGGCCCCCUCACGGACCGAACGCUACGUUUAAGUUGUUCUUUAUAAUUUCAGUGAAGUCAUGAUUAAUUAUGUGAGUAAUGUUAAGAUCGAAGCCAGUAAUCGUUUAUACUUUAUCGAAACGCCGAGGUUCGGAGUGAUCGCCGAUACGUUUAGCUAGAUAGUCUAAUUGAUAAAUAAGAGCUUAAAUCGGAGGUGGAUCCCGGCGUCGCUCGCCCUCGCCGGCGGCCGCGGCAUCAUCGUCGUGCGGUAAGUACGGCGACAUUACACACACGAGUAGUACAGUACCGAGCGCUAACUAGCCGCGCGAUCCCGCGUACUUGACGCACGUAGUCGCGACCUGCGAGUCGCGCGCGAGCCGCUCGGC